AUGCGGUUUGCUUACUUACGCGGAAAAAUGGCUACCGCCAGUUUGGCUGUUUUCUGCCGAAGAGUCUCGGCGGCCCUGAAGGCUUCCAGGUCGUUAAUAAGUCCUCAGGCCCCUGCUAGCACAAGUUGCAGGUUUUCUCUUAGUCUGUUGACUAAGCAUACACCAAAUGUCACAUCUUUUCACCAGUAUAGAUUACUUCAUACCACAUUGUCUAGGAGAGGACUGGAAGAAUUUUUUGAUGACCCAAAGAAUUGGGGGGAAGAAAAAGUGAAAUCUGGAGCUUCAUGGACCUGUCAGCAAUUAAGGAACAAAAGUAAUGAAGAUUUACAUAAACUUUGGUAUGUUCUCCUGAAAGAAAGAAACAUGCUUCUAACUCUAGAACAGGAGGCUAAGCGGCAGAGAUUGCCAAUGCCAAGUCCGGAGCGGUUAGAAAAGGUAGUAGAUUCCAUGGAUGCAUUAGAUAAAGUUGUUCAGGAAAGGGAAGAUGCCCUCAGACUUCUUCAGACUGGUCAAGAAAAAGCUAGACCUGGUGCUUGGAGAAGAGAUAUCUUUGGAAGAAUCAUCUGGCACAAGUUCAAGCAGUGGCCUAUACCUUGGUACCUAAAUAAAAGAUACAAUAGAAAACGAUUCUUUGCAAUGCCUUAUGUGGAACGUUUUGUCAGAUUGAGAACUGAGAAACAAGCCCGCAUCAAAGCAAGGAAGAGAAGUUUAGCAAGCAAGAAAGCAAAGUUUCUUCAGGAAAAGUUUCCACAUCUUUCUGAAGCCCAGAAGUCAAGUCUUGUCUAAGAUAUCUGAGCUCUUAAUUUACCAUCUUGUUUUUCUUGGAUUACAAUCUGUAUACAAAAGUAAAUACAUAUUAAGUGGUUUAUAAAUAA